AUGCACGGCCAGCCGUCAAACUCCCUUGUUUCCCGGCCGAGACACACCGACCUCAGCGAAGAGAGGGCGGAGGGGGAGAGCCCCAAAUCAGCUUCAUCAGAUGUUCGGGUUGGUAGCCAUGCCCGAACAGCAGCUUCACCUGGACUUUGGAGACGUCUCGACUCUCGACAGUCUGUCCAAAAGACAGAGCCCAGCACAGCCCAGCCUAGCACAGCACAGCACAGCACAGCACAGCACAUAUGGUUGGUUGGAACGCACGCCCCAACCGACGAGCAAAUGAUGAUCUCGAUGGCUUCCCGAGACGGCAAUGAGCUGCGGCGAGACGUAAUGCCCGUCUGA